AAGGUAGAGUAUUUUUAAACACACACCAUACACACACACACACACCACACACACCACACAGACCUUCACCAGUCUGCAGCAGCUGUCAGAUCGUCUCUCACUACACUACACCAUGACUAUUACGAUCUACAUUAGCAGUGUCAGCGGCUCCAGAGAGAUAAAGACACAGCAGGAAAAAAUCUUGCAGUUCCUUGAUUCGAGAAACAUCAAGUACUUUGCCAAAGACAUCACUCUAAGUCCUGAUUUUAAGGCUGAGAUGAGGCAGAAGGCGGGGAAUCCCAGCGCCUUGCCUCCUCAGGUCUUUAAUGGAUCUCAAUACUGCGGGGACUACCAGGCGUUCUUCGACGCACUGGAAGACGGCAAGGCAGAGAAAUUCUUCAAGCUAUGAGUUCAAAAGCGGACUGUAUAUAGUGGACUCUUAAGCUUCUUUUGUGCAAUAGACAGCUCAAAAGGCCAAAAAUUCUGUCACCUGGAUACCUUUCUAUGCUUGCAUUAAACAGUAAUAUAAUGAAUUAUAGUAUUAAUAUUUC